CUAAAUAUAUCUUUUUUUAUUCUUGGAAUCUCAGAACGUUAUGGAUCGCAGUUAACAUCAGAUGAUCUUAAUGAAUUUGAAGCGUUAAAAAAUGAUUAUGAAACCAAUUGGCAUCUGAAUCAUCUGCGAAGUGUUAUUAGCCCAACACAAGAAGAUUUGAAGUCCAGGUCAGUUAAGAUUAAGAACAGACGGCGAGCAUAUCUAGACAAAUUAGUAAACGAUGGACAGUACUUUUCAGAGGACGCAAUGAGGGAACGAGAUCCAUAUUUGCACCAUGAGUAUGUUGGGAAGUUCCAAGAUCCAAGUGGGAGGAGCAUGGCAAGGCCAGGGGAACGAUGGUCUGAGACUCUGAUGAGGCGGUCAGAAGAGGCAAUGCUUGUUAAAAAAAUUAGGGAUGAGCAGCAGAGACGAGGUGUGGCUCAAAGUGAUUGGGUAGGAUUUGACAAUCAGGAACUUGAAAAGGUGGAGGAAGAGGAGGAGGAAGAAGAAGAAAGCGAGGAGGAAGAAGAAGAAAGCGAGGAGGAAGAAGAAGAAAGCGAGGAGGAAGAAGAAGAAGAAGACGAGGAGCAGGAGCAAUACGAAGGUGAAAGGGGCAUCUCAGCUAAUAGACAAGAGGUUCACAUAAACAAUCUUGAUGCUUCUAAUGACACGCCAUCUGAAACGAGAAGACCUGCUGUGAUGGAAACUUUGUCAAUGGAGGAGAUGCAAGAACGAAUGGACCAGUUCGCUUACAUCAUGCAGCGAAAGUUUUUAUUGGGAGAAGAUAGUCUGGAUUACUCAAAAAUUGACGAGGAUGAGACCUUGGAUGAUCAUUGGAUGAAAGAAGAAAAUUAUGAUGCUGAAGAAAAGUACUUUGAUGAUGAUGGCUGAGCUUAAAUGCUGACAUGACGCAGGGUGUGAUUUUUGUUUUUGACAUUACAAGUUUCUACCAUGUAUAUGUCGUUAGCACAGUGGCGAAGCCAGAAAUAUUUCCAAGGGUGUUCAAACUUGAAAGAAGUAGAAAAAAAAUUCCGACAAAGGGUGUUCAAUAUAGGUUUUAUGUCUAAAAUCAAUAUUUUACUUAUAUACACAGUGUAAUUUUUCAGUCCCGUUGCUAAAGGUGGCUUCGCCCAUGCGUUAGCAUUUUAUGCAGAUAUGCCUAGGUUUUGUGGUUGAAGGCAGAUUUUGCAAGGGUUGUCGAUGGCUAGGUUUUGGUCUUGAUUUCUGGGAGUAGCUAGUAAGUUUAUACUACAAUUCAAGCCUGUCAAAAAAGAAUUUAUAUUACAAUUCUGCAGCCACACUAGAGUGAAAGAGAUGCUGAAAUGCUAACUUAGCAGCCACACAAGAGAAGGAUAGAGAUUCUUGUCCAGAUAAGUGACAUUGUGCUCAAGUCGAAGGAUUCGGAUUUACUUUAAUAGCAAGGAAUCUAUGCCAAUUGAUAAAGUAGAAAACUCAGGGAUUUUGAGAAGCUUCCUUGUUUUGGAUUGAUUUUAUUGGUCUCUGUACAAUAACUGACCUUAUUGGACAUUUGUUGCUCGGGAGUAGGGACUCUGCAUGUUGAUGUAGAGUAAGUGUCUACUACUCCAAUUCCAUACAAAGAUUUGAACAUCUAAUAUCUUAGGUCUGAAUUAACAAGGGGUAUCAAUUUGAAAAUGUCGGAGAUGACA